CAGUUGAGGGCACAGAGCAGAGACAACAAGAGCCUGCAGUCAAAACACAGGAGGGAGACAACACUGAAGAAGAAACACUGACAAUCAUCUGAGGAGAAGCUUUCGAAUAUUCUUUGUCUACCUGAGCAACUGUUUGCUGCAAAGCCAUCAGUUUUUUUUUCCCACUGCAGUAGUCUACGAUAGCUCUCAUAAUGAGACGCUUUGCUUUAGCUGUGUGCUUAAUUUGGGGGAUAAGCAUGCAGGUUGGAUGGAGCAUCCCACUAAAGUCUGUCUUUGUCAGCUUCCCAGGAGACAUCAUCAAAAACGUGACUGAUACCGAGCUGGCAGAAGUGAGUAGCAGAUGGUUCAUUUUGUUGAGAUAGACUGUGAUUCCCUAAACAGUGUGCCAUCAAGCUGUGCAGGGAUGUCAUUAUUUAAACAGAAAUCUCUUCCAUCAUGUAAAUAAGAGAAAAACGUUUUUCUGCUAUAGUCAAUCCAUAGGAGGCACAGAAACAUUGUAUUUAAUUUAUAAGCUAAACUUUACCUCAAAAGUACCUACUCAAACCUGUUUACUGCUUAUCAUCACCUGGCUAGACUCAUUAAUGUGCCUUUUUUGUGUUCUCCUGCCAGAGAUAUCUGAAGAAGUUUGGCUACAUAGACCCAGUGAAGCGCAGCGGCUUCCAAUCAAUGGUGUCCACUUCCAAGGCUUUGAAAAGGAUGCAGAGGCAGAUGGGUCUGGAGGAGACUGGAGAGCUUGAUAAAGCAACCAUCGAAGCCAUGAAGCAGCCCCGCUGUGGGGUUCCUGAUGUGGCCAACUACAAAACCUUCGAUGGGGACCUCAAAUGGGACCAUAAUGACGUCACUUAUAGGUAAAAAUAAGUACCCAACUUGAGCUGAUGACAUUGUAAUGCUUGUGCAUUGUGAUUCAAGGCACAGCAUUCAAACCGUAUCCAAAAGGUCUCUAAUAGAGAUUAAUCACUCAUUUCAUCCACUGUCCAAAUAUCAUUCAAAAGUUUGACAGCAGAGUGUCAUUCUGCUCUUCCCUAGGGUCAUCAAUUACUCCCCAGACAUGGACAGUGCUCUGAUCGAUGAUGCCUUUGCCAGAGCCUUCAAGGUAUGGAGCGAUGUGACCCCUCUGACUUUCACCCGCCUUUAUGAUGGGACAGCUGACAUCAUGAUCUCAUUUGGAAAAGCUGGUAUGGCUGAGUCAUUCAAUUUGUGGUCACAUAUUCAAUAUUUGCAGAGCCUAAGUAUACAAUAAAGUGCUGACAUGUAUUUCAUUUAAAUUCUUUAUUCAGACCACGGAGACCCUUACCCAUUUGAUGGUAAAGAUGGCCUACUGGCGCAUGCUUAUCCCCCUGGUGAGGGAAUGCAGGGUGAUGCCCACUUUGAUGAUGACGAGUUCUGGACUUUGGGAACAGGACCAGGUAAUCACACAUACUACAAUAAAGUGACAGAACCAUCCAUAUUUGUGUAACUGUCUCCCCCUAGUGGUCAAUGUAUACAUUGCAUUGAAAGUGGAUUAUUUUUCCCUCAGCUGUGAAGACACGCUAUGGGAACGCAGAUGGAGCCAUGUGCCACUUCCCCUUCACUUUUGAAGGCAAAUCCUACACCACAUGUACCACUGAGGGCCGUUCUGAUGACCUGCCAUGGUGUGCCACCACAGCUGACUACGGCCGAGACAAGAAAUAUGGCUUCUGCCCAAGUGAACGUAAGCUUUACUUUCUAUUCUAGAAGAGGACCAAAGGUCAGAGGUCAGAGGUCAGCAAGAUGUAGACAUUUGUUGUUUUAUUUUUAUUAUUCUGACUGGCUUCAUCCUAUUCACCCUUUUUCAUUCUCACCCAAACAGUUCUUUACACUUUUGGAGGAAAUGCCAAUGGAGCAGAGUGUGUAUUCCCCUUCGUGUUCCAGGGGAAGGAAUAUGACAGCUGCACCACAGAGGGCCGCAGUGAUGGCUACCGCUGGUGUUCCACCACAGACAAUUUUGACAGGGACGUAAAAUAUGGAUUCUGCCCCAGUCGUGGUGAGUGACAGGAACCACAAUGAAUAGAUAUUGUGCAGUGCUGUCACAAUGACUUGUUUUCUUACAGUUGAUUUUAUGUGUUUGUUUUGGUCAGACACUGCUGUGAUCGGUGGUAACUCUGAGGGAGAACCCUGCCACUUCCCUUUUGAAUUCCUGGGUAAAGAGUACAACUCCUGCACUAGUGAGGGACGUGGAGAUGGCAAGUUGUGGUGCGGUACCACUGAAAGCUAUGAUGACGACAAGAAAUGGGGAUUCUGCCCAGACAGAGGUAAGUAACAAUGACAGAAGGUAGAAUAGCUAAGACGCCUUAUUUACAACUGUGAGUCAUUAAUAUUUAUUACUGUUUGUAUUGCAGGUUAUAGUCUGUUCCUGGUAGCCGCCCAUGAGUUUGGACAUGCUCUCGGCCUGGAUCACUCCAACAUAAGAGAAGCUCUUAUGUUUCCUACAUACAGCUAUGUGAAAGAUUUCUCCCUUCACGAAGAUGACAUUGAAGGCAUUCAGUAUCUUUAUGGUAAGGUAUUAUUAUAAUUACUUAUCAUGUCAUGUUACUUUAUAAAGUUCAAACUGCUCAUUAGUUUUGCCUAUUUGUUUAUAGGACGCGGAACAGGCCCUAAUCCCACCCCACCUCAGCCUGACACCCCCACCACCACCGAAUAUCCAGACCAUGGUAAGACAAACCCCACAGAUGCACCUGAACCCACCGACCCCUCUGUCACCACCACUACAUCACCUGUGGAUCCAACCAAAGACGCCUGCAAGAUCACCAAAUUUGACACCAUCACUGUGAUUGGUGGAGAACUGACUUUCUUCAAGGAUGGGUGAGCAAAUCAGUUUGAAGAAAAAAUAGUCAUACAGGACAAUCUGGUCGUAUCAGUAUGUUCAUUUUGUGUGUUUUGGUCUUCAGACAAUACUGGAAGAUGCCCAGCAGAGGUGAAGAGGGACCCAAGGGACCAUUUUCUAUUUCUGAGAGGUGGUCAGCUCUUCCAGCAGUAAUUGAUUCUGCCUUUGAGGAUGCUGUGACCAGGAAAAUUUAUUUCUUCUCAGGUAGAAAAAAAAGCGCAUACUGUGUUACAAUUGACAUGUGAGAACAAAAUGUAGACAAUUUACUGAUUGUUUCCUCUCUGUAGGAACCAGGUUCUGGGUGUACACAGGAAAGAAUGUUCUGGGUCCUCGCAGCGUUGAGAAACUUGGCCUCCCUAGCAGCAUUCAAAAGGUGGAGGGAGCUCUGCAGAGAGGCAAAGGCAAAGUGCUGCUCUUCAGUGGAGAGAACUUCUGGAGGUGAGUUUUAACAUUUGCCUUUGUCAUAUUUAGCUUUUUGGUUUCUGUAAGAUUUUCAGCCAAAUUCCCCCCUCUCUGCUGUGUAUUUGCCCUAUGUUGGUUUAUUGGGAAACAACAUCAGCGGCUUUUACUAACAUUUUCUGGUAUGGUUUUGUGUUUGAUCAAUAAAGGCUUGAUGUGAAGAACCAGAAAAUUGACAAAGGGUACCCCAGAUACACAGAUGCUGUCUUUGGUGGAGUCCCCAAUGAUGCUCAUGAUGUAUUCCAGUACAGAGGUACAUAAUCAUGCUUUUUGUAUUGACAGAGAAUGAUGCACAAAACUAGAAUACUGCAGGUUUGAGUUAUUAUGUUCCAUGAUAAUGAUGCGUUCUCAAUCUUUUAUCUAAGGUCACAUGUACUUCUGCCGGGACCGCUUCUACUGGCGUAUGAACUCCCGCAGGCAGGUGGACCGUGUGGGCUACGUCAAGUAUGACCUCCUCAAGUGCACAGACCAUUCAGUGACUCACUACUGAAGAGAACAUGGUGGGAAGAGCUGAAAAUAAUCUGUAAUGUGGUAGCACCUUUUUUUCUUCUUUUAUGAGCAGAUGUCAAGGAGAAUGUGAUGCAGUAUUGGUGUUGCAACUGAUGUAUGUUUGUGCUUUUUGGGAUGCAAAUUAUGAGCUUUAAUUGCUGUUGGCUUUUAAAACAAAGUCAAAACCCCAAAGAAAGCAAUGCAAAACUAAAAUCUCUGGCACUGCCCUGUCCUAUCAGUCAAAGUCUGUGAACGGACUAUGUUGGUCUUUGACAUCCAUGAACUACACUCAAAAGCUGCCUGGAUAACAUUCCAGUUUUGAUUAUUUUUGUCUGACUGGUUCAGACCCUCAACAGUAUUGGAAUUUUUUGGUAUUUAUAACAAUAUCUGAUAUUAUUUUUGUGUCCUGAAGCUUGUUUGUUUUGUAUAAUUGUUUGUUAUUUCUAUGGCAAAAGAGCCAGUUACUUGCACUGGAAGACAAUGCAUGUCUCCUUCACUGUAAUUAUUUAUUAGACUAUAUUUUGUAUUAAAAUCUUAAAUUUCAACGCAAUAAACAUUCCUUCAACUGCC